AUGCCAAAUAUUGAGUCUCCGCUAAAAAAGAUAAAAACCGCUGAUAGAGCAGAAAACAUGGACGGUUGCAAGGAAAAUCGAAUGCAGUCAACUUCAGAAAACUCUAUGAUUUCAUUGGAGACAGAUGAUGAAAUAGAUUAUAAUCAUGAUAUAGAUCCAAAUAUUGAGUCCGACUUAUUGGAGCAACAGAUACCUGUACAAAAUCACUCAAAGUACCCUGAUCAAGACAGUCUAGAUGAUAUUUGGCUAUUGCCUUCUGGAAACCCGAUUGAUGAAGUAAUUCGUAGACCUGAAAAUCUGCAUAAGUCACACCCGUCAUGUCUUGGUAUCAUACGUAUUGGUUCAAAGAUUCGUAAAUCAGAGUGGAUUGAACAAAAAGAUUGGAAUUAUUUACAAACUAGCAUUGAAUAUCCGAAUUAUAAACUGACUUCUAAUGUAGAAAACCUCGUUAAAGAAUUAUUAGAGACUAACUCAUUAAUGCAAUGUGUUUGUAAAGCCAAGUUUAAAAAUGAGAUCGAUAAGGAAAUGGAAUUUGUAACGGAUGUCUUUUUAUGGUUAGGCGAAAUUUAUCUAAAGGCUAGUGCAAAUCAGAGAUUAUUACGAUGUAAUCUAAAACCUGACGAUGACAAGCCUCUAGGUAUGAAAGUAGAUGGUUCAUUUCAUUCCCCCGAUGAAGAAAGCCUUGAAAUAGGCAUGGUGGAGCUGUCUGGUGGUUACUUAACCUCGGAUUUGCCAAGAUACUUAAAAGACCAUGUGAAAGGAUAUUGGGGCUGUCGCGAUCUUCUAAAUGAUAUAGUUAGAAAAUACAAUCGUGGUGACUACAAAAUUUUUAGACGUCUACGCUCGUGGUUUUUUCAUAUACACGGACUUGAGGUGCAAAUUUGGGGUAUGGAUUUACCCGUUUCAAAAUCCUACCGAAUGUUUCUCAUUGGUGCUUUUCGGCUCCCAAUUAGUUGGGAAGACCAUCAUGAAUUGGUGAAUGCACUUAGGAUUUUGCGAAAUCUUAGAAGGGGAUUAGAUGAUACCCUCAAGAUACUUGAGGAACUCAAAAAGUCACAUCGCCGGAAUUCAGUUUUACAUUCCCAUUCUUCAAUAUUGAAGAGUCAUAUAGGUGAUGCGAAGAGUUCACCAAAAAAACUCGCAGGAAAAAACUCACGUUUCAUAAAUCCACUCAUGUAUCAUGAUUACAAUGAUUCUGAUUAUGAUGAUUCACCGUCAGGAUGCUUUCAUUAA